AUGUCAAUUGGUAUCAAAGUAGGACUUAUUACUAAAAGUGCUAUUGAAUCAAAUUGGAUUUUGACUAGUUCUUUAAAGAAGUUUGAUUCUCUUGCCGCUUUAAUUAUACUUGAAGUUAUGAAUUCUGAAUUUGGUCUAAGUACUUUAGGGUUGAUAAAGUUUUAUCAAGUUGUAGUUGUUCAAGAAAGAUUAGAGUGA